AUGGAGUGGCCGGCAUCCGCCGAGGAGCUCAGCAAAGCUUCUGAGGACCAGAUCAAGGCGUUAGUUGCCGCCGCCACACCAGACCUGCCCCUGCCGCGCCACCUGUGGCACAGCCGCGAUGUGGCCUCCCUUGGCGAAGGCGAGCUAGUCCUCCGCGCGCUCUCCUCUCCGGAGGGGGGCGUGGACUGGACCGACACAACAGCGAUGGCUGAUAUGUUGCAAUCUGUACCCGUGGACAUCUCCCCAUACCCUGUCUAUGAGAAAUUUGAAGACGAGGAGGACAUGGAAGCUGAUGAGGCCAAAGAGUACGAUGACGACAUGGAGGAGGAAGACAUGGAGGAGUUCCUUGCGGCAGAGGAUGGACAGCUUGGCGAGGACGAAGGCGAGGGUGACGAAGGAGAGGAGCAUCUGGAGGAGAUGGAGGAGGACGAAGAGGAUGGCGGUGAAAUGUCAGACAGCGGUGAGCUCUCAGGCAUCCAGAUGCCAUCAAAUCGCUCGGCCAGGCUUGUCCGUCGGCCGGGCGCAAGGGCGGGCGAUCGCAACGUGGGCGCGGCAUGCCUGGCCGCGGUGCUCCCGGUCGAAGCGGUGCUGGCCGCGCCGGUGCUUCCGGCAAACCUGCUGCCAGACCUGGCGGCCGUGCUGGUGGAGCAGGCCGAGGGCGCGCAGGCUUCGCAGGCCCCGCUGGCCGUGCAGGCCGCGGCCGGGCGAAUGGCAAGGGAGCUGGUCGGGCAGCUGCUCAAGGCUCGGUGCCGGGCACCGGUGGGGCCGCUCCUGGACGCGGGCGUGGGCGAGGAGGGCCACAGCGUGUUCGUCAAAGGCUACUGCAGCGAGCACUGCGCCAACGGAGGCAGCAGCAGAAGAUCAGGCAGGGGAUGCGGCUUUUAUGUUUGCAAGGAUGUGUCCAGCCCCAAGCACGGGGACGAAGAUGAGAAGGAGCACAUUGGAGGCAACCGCUGGGCUGGCGGUACUGGCGGCGCUGACACUGCCGGGCUUGGGGGGCGUGGCGGCCCCUACCGCUUGGAGAAGCCGGGCCAGAGAGUGCGGCAAGUCAGCGAUGAGGCCAAGGCCCAAGUUUCCGAGGAGGCCAAGGAGGCAGCGCGCCAGCUGGGUGAGGAGGCAGUUGCUUCCGCAGCUGCAGCCAUGUGGUGGCUGCUCAGUCAGUUCACGACUUGCCCAUGCCUCAGCAGGGGCAAAGAAGCCCCCUCGCUGCCAGAAGAAGGCAGCGGUGGCAGCGCUGACUUCGGCUGGGCAGUCGCUAAGAAUGAGCGCCGCCGCAUGGAGGACGCGGUCGACAUCAAGGACGAUGUUGCGGGCUUUAGACUGUUCACCGUCUAUGACGGCCAUGCCGGCGAUGAGGCCGUGACAGUAGUCAAGAAGAUCCUGCCGGACAUCGUUGGAACUCAUCUUCAGGAAGAGGAAGAUGUAAAAAAGGCUAUCUGCCUGGCCUUCAGGCGCAUAGACGAAGAACUUACAAAAACGAUCUUGGCCGCAGCUGAGACGCCCUCAAAGGUAAAAGUAUCGUCCGGCACAGUAGCAAGCAUGGCGCUGAUGAAGGGCAAAACCCUAUGGGUGUGCAAUCUCGGCGAUUGCCGCGCCGUUCUCUGCUCAGGUGGCACCAAGGCGCAUGCGGUCUCCAAGGACCAUGCUGCGGACAAGAAUGCAGCUGAAGCUGAACGGCUUCGCAAGCUAGGGGUUCCGGUGAACGGAGGCUAUGUUGGAGAUCACGUAGCCGUCUCACGUGCUUUUGGCAACGUCGAGUAUGACAGCGGCAAGAAGGUCGAGGGCAUCAUCAGUGAGCCCGACAUCUUCAAGAUUGAGGUGGAUGACGAGGUCGACUUUCUUAUCCUGGCGUCCGAUGGCAUCUGGGAUCCGCUUAAGGACCAGUUCGCUGUCACGCACGCAAGAAAAGCUCUACGAACCACUGAGCAGCCAGAAGAUGCUGCAAAAGCGGUCCUUGAAAAUGCGGCCAAGGUCAGUGCAGCUGACAAUGCUGCCGCCAUUGUUGUGGUUUUUAAGUUUCCAGAGCCCUUGCCGAAGCGCAUUACGAGGCCACGUGCAACUCUUGCAGGCUUGGACGGGCCUCCGCCGUAG